UUUACCCGGCAGCCCAAAGUCUGCCUCCCGGGAUUGCCAUCGUCAUUUUGAGUUGAGACUCCGUCAAAGCGACCAGCAGCAGCCUGAGAUCAUUGUUCCCGCUCGACUUCAGCUAUGUCCCGCGCGUCGGUUGGAUCAGAGCUGCUCUCACAGCCGCGUUUGCGGCUCACGCGGCAAUAAGAUAGACCCCUUGCAGCUCCAAGGAUCGCGUCACAGCCUUUUUUUUAAAUAUUAUUAUCAUUACCCCAUCUUGAGAGGUGAUGGGUCCGCAGCAUUCUACGGAUCGCCAAAACGCCGCUUCUGCGCCGCGAUUACUCGGCAGACUCGCGUCAUCUAAAAGCGGCGCCAGCGCCGGGCGCCGGCGAGGCAGCGCGGAGUGGCGGAAGGGCGGAAGAAACGACAAGAGCAAUGAUGGCGCAGGCGAUAAGCGCGAGAGCAACGCGAAGCAGCCGGCCGGCGGAAGCAGCGGGGUUCCAAGCGGCAGCGUUCCAAUAAGCGGAGAAUCGAACAGCGGGAUACCUACUAGCGGUACAACAGGCAGUGCAGCGGCGGCGGCGGCGGGGGCGGCGGCGGAGGCGGCGGCGGAUCAGAAAGCGACCGAGGGGAGGGCGGGACACCGGAAAUGGGGGAGUCGAUCCCGAAGCCGUAGCGUGAGCGCGGGGAACAGCGACGAGCUGCGAUUGGACGACAAUGUGCGUGUAUCGAGGGCCGCGGAAAAUCCGCGGCAUAGUUCUGAUGCCGUGAUGGUACCGCGAUCCGCGAGCUCCGAGAAACGCGCCGGGAGAGGCGGAACGCCAUUGGCUGCCGUUGCGGCUAGUGGUGGGGGAAGCGGAAAAGGCGGAGUAGGGGGAGGAGGAGGCGGAGUUCGCCGCGCGGCUUCUGGCGGAGCGGAAAGCUCCAGCGCAGCAGUUUCUUCCGCCGUGGCGGAAAACAGGGGGGAGAGCGCCGCUCCGGGAGCUUCGGCGCGCGAAGCGGAAGGGGGGUACAGUGGCAAUUUGGGGGGAGCGGGAAGACCAAGAAGCGGAGGAUCGGCGGAAGAAGGGCGGAGCCCGAGAAGCGCAGCUGCUGGGGUAGUUGGGGGAAGAAAGGGAAGCGGCAGCGGAGGGUUGGCGGAACGCGUGAUUGGCGGGUUGGGUUCCGCUGUAGGAUUGCAGAGAGAAGGGGACGGAGGUCCGCGCUCUGAUACAAGCGCACGCGAUAGUGGCAGCCAGCCUUUGAGUCACGCGCAGAAGCAUCAGCAGCGGCAGCGGAAGCAGCAGCAGCUGGUGUCGCAGAAGGAGCUGCGCGCGGCGCAGAAGGAGCAGCGCCUGCAGCAGAGACAGGCGCGCGCGCUGCAGCGCAAGCACGCGGGUUCACAGACGGGCGCGCACCAGCGCUCCGCCAGCGGGGGCAUGCCCAGCAGCAGAAGCGGGGGAGGAGGGAGGGGAGCGGCGCAGCAACAUGCAGGGGGACGAGGCGGAGGGAGGGGAGGGGCGGGGGAGGGGGAGGGGAAGGGGCGAGACGAAAGUGACGGAUAAGGUUCUGUGGCGGUUUGAAGUGAAACCGGUGGCUGGCAGCCCCGUUUCCACGCCGUCCCCGUCCAAACAGACCCACGCCCAAGCUGCAGGGUCCCUCCCUGGCACACCGGGCAGAGCUCCUGGCCUAUCAGGAGACGGCAGGGGCGGCGGGGGCGGCGUAGGAGGAGCAGCAGCCGCAGCAGGCGCAGCGGAAGGGGCAGGAGGAGGAGGGAGCUCGCUUUCGGGUCAGCGAACCUUCAGUGGGGUGUCUGCCUCGUCGUAUGUGGGCUUCCCCCCCUCCGCCUCUGCCCCCGGCCCUGCCUUCGGUGGCAGCUACAGCGGCACACUCAGCGAUCCCGGCGGGCCGGGUUACGGCGGUUACCACCACCGCCCGACGCCAUCCGACAGCAGCAUCGACAGCUGGCAGGGCGGCGGCGGGGGAGGCGGGUUGAUAUAUGGCUUUGCUGCGGCUGCUCCGGGGGGCGGAUUUGGCUAUGCUGCUGCUGGCGGUGGCGGUGGCGGUGCAGGGUACAGCCUCCCCCCCCCGUCGCCCCAUGCGCUCUCCACCCUGUCAGGCACCCGUUCUGGCAACCUGUCUGGGAACUUCUCAGGGGCGCUCUCCGACGCUGGCAGUAGCCCCCUGGGGUCGGCGCCUCGUGGGGGGUUUGCUGCUGGGCCUGUGGCAGCAGGGGGGUUAGGCGCGGCAGCGAGGGGGGCAGGGCAAGGGAGUGAGGGUGGCGGCAGUCUGCUGAGGCUGGGACCCGGUGAGCUCAUGGCCGCCCUGCUGCAGCAGCCAGGGAUGCUACAACCCAGCCUGCUACAUCCCAGUUCACUCCAGCCGAAUCAGCUGCAGCCAAGCCUGCUACAACCGAGUCUGCUACAACCAAGUUUGCUACAACCAAGCCUGCUACAACCGAGUUUGCUACAACCCAGCCUGCUACAGGCGUUGCAGCCUGGGCCUGGCACUGUACCCGCUUCCACUACUGGCCCACCAGCUGCACCUAGCACUGCUCUUGCCGAACCUGCUCUGCCUUCUUGGGACGCUGCCGGGCCUGGAGGCUCGGAAACGGGCACGUAUGGGUACCUGGACGGAGGUGGGGGGGAGGAGGAUAGGGACGAGGGAGAUGCUGACGUGGAUUCUGUUGGUGAUGACAGGGACGAUGAGUCACAGGAUGAGGGCACUGAGUCAGAAAUAGACGGAGAGAGAGUGGCAGGGUUCAGGGCUAUGAUUAGGGCAAAGGCAGGCUUAGGUUCGGCAUGGGGCUUGGGCUCCAAGCCUAGAUCCAGCCUGCUACUAGCUGCCGAGCCUCUUGCAGAGACUAAGUUAAAGCCAGGUUCAGAAGUAGGAUUUGCCGCUGCAGCAGGGUCAGAGGGAUUAGGGUUAGGUUUAGGGCACAGGUACGGCCGUGCCGAGCCUCUUGCGUGUGGCACCUUACCUGCCAUGUUUCCGCCGAUCCGCCCAUCCAGGCUGGGGAUUUGUCCUGGGCGGCAGCUUGGGGAGGUGGUUGUGUUUCAGGUGGCGAAUCGGGGGGAGAAGGGGGGAGGAGGGGGGAGAAAAGGGAGGGAGGGGAGGAAGGGAGGGGAGGAGGAAGGGGAGGACGGAGGAUCGGAUGGAGGGUGGGAGGAAGAUGAGGAGGAGGAGGAUGACGAUGAUGACGUGUAUGCGGAGGACGAGAUUGACAACGAGGCGCUGGUGGAAGCUAUUGAGGAUGGGCUCAUGGCGUUCAGACAGGACAAGACGGAGAAUGCGAGUGAGAGCUGCGGCGCGCUGCUGGACUCUCUUCUGGACAUCUGCGAGUCCACCUUCGGCUUCAUCGCCUCCAACUUCCGCAUGCCCGAUGGCGCGCCCUGCCUCAAGACCCAUGCCAUAACAAACAUCCUCUGGACCGACAAGCUACGGGCGUGGUUCGCCGCCCACGCGGCGGCGGGUCUUGUCUUCACAGAUGUGGCUGAGACAGGCCUCUUCGGCCGGGCGGCGCUGGGCGGCGAGGCGGUGUGGAGCGACGAUCCGCCGGCUGACAGCCUGCCCAAGGGCCAUCCACGUGUCAACACUGCAUUCGCCAUGCCGCUCAUCUGCGGCACCUCUAUCGUGGGGGUGGCGGUGGUGGCGAACCGCAUCGGUGGGUACAGCGAGGGGCUGCUGAGGGCCGUGCAGCCGCUGCUGUCGCUCGUUGCGGCGGUGCUCUUCUGCGUGCACUGGCGCAACGAUGGGGGGAGAGAUAUAAGGAGACGACUGGUCAGCAUUGCAGAGGACGGGCACAUAGUGGUGGAUGGUGCAGGGCGCAUCACAAGCAUGGAUGCUGCUGCCUGUGCCAUCUUCGGCAUCAACCCCCUCACUGCCGCCCUCAUGGCUGCUGCUCCUGCCACAUCAGCAACGGAUCCUGCCAGCCAAGCAGAGGGAGCAGCUGAUUCCGCAGAGGGAAAGGAAGCAGAAGAAGCAGCAGCAGCACCACCUGCAACAGCGCCUGCUGCAGGGUGUCCGCCCCUUGGCCAGCUGUCAGUUGCUGAUUUGAUUACUCGGAUCGGGGACCAACCAGUCACUGCAGACGUUGACGUGGCAGCCAUGGCCCAGCAGCUGCGGAUGCCCCAUCCAGCAGUGGGCAAGCAGCAGGGGGGAGCCCACAUACUGCUGCAGAUCGCCCUUUCCCCUCCUAGUGCUGGUGCUUCUGCUGGUGGCAGCAGCAGCAGCAGCAGUGAGAGUGCAGUGCACAGAGCAGUGGUGCGGCUGUUGGCUCGCUCGGAUUGAUGUUACGACAGAGUACGCUAAUUCUUGGUGCAGUGUAUGUUCCUGCAAUACCAAAUAGCAUACAUAAUAUGCCCUUCUAAAGAGGGUGUUGAAAUUAUAUUUCAUAUAUAUAAUUAUAGGCUUUGUAGGGCUUGCUGGAUCUUACUGUAGAGGGUACAACUCCCUCUUUGUAUCCCUCUCUCUUCUAAUCCCAA